AUGCUCCAACGGAGCAGCUCCCAUGGGGCUGAUUGUCAUAGAUCAACCUCGUCUGUUCACAGCAAACCUGAAUCCACCAAGGCUGAGGUCGCCAACCAGCAUGCCCAUGCCGCAGCAACACUAGCCUUCGCUCGAGCACAAGAGAAAAGCAGCACCGAUGCUAGCCACAAAGGUGUCGGAUUUUCACGGAAAAAUAUAACUUCGAGUAGUCAAGACAGUCAGCCACCGCUUCAGCAGAACAAAGGUCCAAGCAAUGUGGACCGGGUCGUCAAGCGACAGCAGAGUGUGCGGUUUGUGACUUGCACUGACGUGGAAGGACGGCAAUCUAAGAGCAAUAGGGAGGUUCGUGUUGAACCGCGGGGCAGCUUUUCGACUGUUAGACCCGCCGCACUCCGCCCUCUUAGUCGAUGCUCAUCUCUUGGCAACGCUGGAAUAGCGGGGGAGAAAGCAGGAUUCAAUGAGAGAGAGCUCGCCCCGUAUGGUCCAUACUCAAGAAAGGAUGAUGCCGUUGCCUCUUCUCCAGCUUCGUCUCGCCAUGUCCGAAAGUCCAGGUCUAUGUUCAUGCCACUCAAAGCUCCCAAGGUCUUCUAUACCAACGGGACCCCCGAAAGACCAGGGAACACCUCCUCUGGUCACCGGGACAGUAAUUUGAACGCUGCAACGCCGCACAUGAAUUCAUACGAAGCUCCUCUGAGAACCCCAAAGUCAAUGAGCUUCCUUGGGCUGAGACGAGAACGUGACUCUUCGGGGAGUCGCGAGAGCAAUGAUUUGGGCAUACAGAUGGCGCGGGAUAGGUUCCUCCAUCAAACAAAUCAGCAGAGGCUUCUGGAGAAGCCUUCGUUCCUCUUCAAGUUGAAAGUUCAAAGACAAGAGAAGCAGUCCCGGAAAUUUGUUCUUACUAGCAGCACAAACAGCUAUGGAUCACCCAUCGCCUCUUCCAACCAAGGCACAACACCAAAAGAAUUCAAGCUGAAGGACAAAGCUCGCAAGGCAAGGCGGAAUAUCAAGGACAGAUUCAGACGGGCUUUCGGGCGUAGCAGCAAGGAACAAUUAGAUAUUCCGGUCCAACAAGUCGAUGCCUAUGAGACACAUGUCCGAGAAUAUCCAAGUGGUUCGGACGCUAGACUCAGCAACUUUGAAGAUAUUCCACUUCAAUCAGAAGCGACUCUUUGCCAAGUAGCAUCUCGCCCUCCUUCUAUUUAUAUGAUAAGCUCAAGCCAGCGAAUAGAAUCGCAAACUGGCAGCGUUAAGAGCAUAGGAAGUGAUCGCAGUGGCGACAACUUGCCCACCACUGAUACCAAUGCCACCACAAGCCAGGGAUCCAGACUCCAGCCCGAAAGGGAUAUUCAGCGUCUAUCUGUCAUCAACGAGAAUGGCGCUCAUGUUCCCUCGUCCUCAUUGAAUAAUACACCAGCAAACCAUAAGCUCGGUAAGAGCGACGGUUAUGUGCCUGAUGGCAAUUCGAAGACGACUCCUGUCCCCGAGCACGCCAGUCUCUACCACUAUUUAAUGAAACGCCUCGAGGAUACUUCUCCUCAGCGCCGCCUCGAGGCUUUGCGAAAGAAAAUGAAGGAAAGCGUCAGUAUCUCAAAGGAUGUGGAAAGUAUUAGCAGUGCAAAGCAUGUGGAAAACGUCAACGCCGCAAAAGAUGUGGAAAACAUCAACAUCACAGAAGUGCCACGACGUCUCGCUUCUUUUGCUGGCACUGGCGUUAAAUACAAGAUGGUAACCAUAAAACCGGUUCCGCCGUCUCCCAUGUGCAGCAGUGAGGCAGGCCGGUCUCCCAAGCAUGGCCACCAAUGGGUCACAGCUGACUCCGCCCACGCAGCUAGAGCUGAGGAUAUUUUCGGACGUACAGGUCCCCACGUACAUGAAUGGUUUGCAGCAGACUCUCUCCGGGAAGCAAGAAUGCGUAGGCAAGGCAAUAAGGUACUGCCAGAGGAACAUGCCAUCAAUGAAGUUAUCAGCGGCUUAAAGCAAGGGCGGAGCGGCUCAGAUGCAGCUACUUUUUCACACUCUCAUGAAGCCAGCACCAAAACAUCAAACCAUUUGGCGCCAGAGAAUAUGAAUAUGACGCCGCAGGAGGUUGCGCACCUUAUUGAGCCAAUCGUUCCGGAAAGGAGAAUUGUGCUCGAAGCAAGAUCUACCUUCUUUGGUGGGACCAAAUACGCCACUGUCAAAACUAUCAGCCCAUUUCGGCGUGCAUUGACAGAAAGUGAAGCUGAGAGCUCUGCUGCAGGCGCUGAAACUCAGGAUGCAAACAAGCCUCCGAGUGUACCCUAUUCAGAGAGCAUCUAUUCAAGAAGCACAGGCGGUGGGACACCAGCCUUCGCCAAGAGUUCCUUGACUUUGCACUCAUGCGAGGAAGACAUCCCAAAGAUGUCAUCUGCUGACGCCGGCAAUGGAGAUGCAAUCAUUCUUGAUAGACAUAUAUAUCGUCCAAUCAUGCCAGACAUGAAGGGCCAUCGCGCUACGAGCUAUGCAGGUUCAGUUGAGUCAUUCGAGUGGCAGAACUGGAUGAGUUCAGAAGUCACGAAACUUGAAAACGGCAAGGCAAAUCCAAACUGCGCUUCUACUCAGGCCGCCUUCUAUAUCAAGGAUCUUCCCGUGAUGACAUGGUCCUUGCGUAGCAGACAUGUCCGAGAGAAUGCGCAGAUCAUUGGUGAUGACACCGAGGUGAACCAGAGCAAGGCCAUUCCGGUGAAGCAACCGCUGGGAACGGUGCAGCAGAAUGUGAAACUAAACCAACAAAACAUACCCGUGCUGAAACCCAUCGUGAAGUAUAGAUCCUCAACAGCUCUUGUUCUUGCCGAGAACAUCGACUCGGGCAGAAGAUCAAUUCCACCACCACCACCUGCACGGCCAGCGAGCCCACCCCCACCGCCGAUUCCACUUCGCUCGCACCUCCGACCAAACCCUUAUCCGAAAUUUGGUCUGUCUUCUGCGAAUGCAGUCAAUACAACUAAUCUUUUCGGCGCACCAAAUUCGGCAGCCAAUGUUCCGAGAAUGGGUAGAGAGAAUCUCAGGAGCGGCUCAGAAACUGCGUUCAAUAGUCCGAAGAGCAUUGGGACUCCGGUGAAUUUGGCGAAGAGAGUCAGGCAGUCUAAUAAAGUGAGUCCAGGAGGAGGCCUUAGUGCCGCUGUCGAGAAACAGUUUGGGAGUACAUAUCCAAUAAGUCCAGGUGAUUGGAGAGUUAAUGGAAAGGACAUGGAUCCAGGAGGUGUGGAGGAAGAUGACAUCUAUGGAGCAGAGGGUGCAGGAUUGAUGGGUCCCAGCAUGACGAGGGAUGUCGGGGGGAUGGGAAGUCUGGGGUUGGUGAACUCGUAUUUGAGUAGCCGGCGCAGAAAGGUGGCUGAAUUCAGUGAUGAGAGUUAG